AUGAUCCAUAUCAACAGCACGGCUUACGGCGGCGGAGUGGCUGAAUUGUUGCACUCGCUGAUUCCGCUGAGUAACGCGCUGGGCGUCGAAACCCAACGCCUGGUGAUGACCCCAAAAGACAUCCGGUUUUUCGACGUCACCAAGCGCAUUCACAACAUGCUGCAAGGCGCCGAGGGACAGCUUUCCGAAGAAGAGCUGGCAAUAUAUUACGGUUGCCUGGACGAUGUGGCCGACGAGAUCAACAACUCUGAUCUGCAGGCUGAUACCAACCCCAAUCAGUGGUUGCUGGACGAAUUGCUGCCGUUAACCAGCGCUUACCGUACGAUAGUUUGCUCGCUGGAAUCCUACGUCCCCCAGCGAUUGCCCGAAGGAUUGAACGUCUCCAUCGCCCCGCCGGCCAUUGACCCAUUAACGGCCAAGAACGCCAAAAUGCCCGCAGAUGACGCUGCCCAGGUUAUCAGAUCCCUUGGUAUCGACGUGUCCCGUCCCCUGGUUACCCAGGUGUCCCGAUUCGACGUCUGGAAAGACCCCUGGGGUGUCAUAGACGCUUUUCGGAUUGCUCGCCAGACCCAUCCCGGGCUGCAGCUCGCGCUGCUCGGCUUGAGCCAGGCCGAUGACGACCCUGAGGGCGCCGCAGUGUUAGAAUCGGUACGCGAGCACGCCGCCAACGACCCUGACAUUCAUAUGUUCUUUUCGCCGGACGGCUUGCUCGCCACCAACGACCAAAUGGUCAACGCCCUGCAAACUCACUCACUGGUUUUGGUGCAGAAAUCCACCCGCGAAGGAUUUGGCCUAACCGUGUCGGAAGGCAUGUGGAAGGGCAAGCCCGUGAUCGGCGGCAAUGUCGGCGGCAUCCGGUUGCAAAUCGUGGAUGGCGAAUCUGGCUAUCUGGUUGAUUCCGCGGAGGAAGCCGGGAAUCGCAUGGCGCAACUGCUCGACAACCCCGAGUUGCGGGCCGCCAUCGGAGCCGCUGCGCAGGAUCGGGUGCGGCAACGGUUUCUGAUUCCUCGACUGCUGCACGAUUACCUUCAACGUUACCAACGUGAACAACACGUCGAUGGUAACGGGACACUACCCCGGCUACAACACGGCAUCGUGUCUAACUAUUGGCUGGAUCGGGAAGCUGGUAUCGAAGAAUACGUGGAAUCCGGCCAAUUCAUCUGUUCGGACACCAUUUUCGCCCAAUGCCGUCGCGGCGGAGGAAGAUCCCUGCUGGCGGCUUCCAAAGACAAACUUCGCCGCCUGCUGGGAGAUGAUGCACACCUGGCCUAUUCAUCCGAACAACCAACUCCGGAAGCUGUUGCGGCCGCCGGCGAACCGCCGCACGUUUAUUCGCUGGAGGUGAACGGCUGGACCAUCGACUCCGCCCGCGUUGCCUUGCAGACCGAACAUUACGACCUCGCAUUCAUCGCCACCACCGAUUACGCCAUGCACACCUACGGCCCGCAUCAUCCCGAAUCUGCUCGCCAUGUCGCCAUCCUGGAUGGGGCGAUCGGCCGCCUGGCGAACGAUGUACCGGACGUGCAGUUGCUAAUUACCGCCGACCACGGAAUGUCAGAUAAAAGGCGUAUGCUCCACCUGCCCGAGAUUCUGGCCAAACACGGGAUCGGCGCUCAGGCAAUCCCCAUCAUCAAAGACCAGUACGUUUUGCAUCAUUCCAACUUGGGCGGUUGCAUUUACGUCCAUUUGGAUGACCCGCGUGCCACCGCCGACGCCGUUGGGGUGCUGCUGGCCACUGACGGAGUGGAAGACGCGCUACCCCGCGAUGUGGCCGCCCAACGAUUCCUGCUCAUGCCCGACCGGAUGGGCGACGUUCUGGUUACGGGAGAGCAAGACGUUGUCUUCGGCGACCCAGGGGAAAUUUCUUUACCGCCGGGGUUGCGUUCCCACGGAUCGGCCCACGAAAGCACGGUUCCCAUCAUCGGGUUUGGCGGCGACUUUGGUGGGUUCGCUUUCCACGAGAAUCGCGACCUCGGGCGUUACGUCAGCGAACGCGUCCUGCCGUAA